AUGGGGGUUGAUGUUAUUUUGAGGCCUUUUUUCGAGGUCCUGAUGAGGAGUAAGAAUAGGGUAUUGUUAGGGAAGUUGAAGAGUUGUGUGUUUGAUGAAUUGGUGAAGCUGGGGAAGGAAAUCUUGCUGAAGAAGAGGAUGGGAGUGGAUUAUGAUGAAAAGGAUGGUGAUGGCAACAGGAAACUGUCUAUAGGGUUGCAUGAGGGGUUUCUGAAGUUGGAGAAUGAGUUGGAAUCUCCUGGCAUUGAAAUUGCCAUACCUGAACACAGUGAUGUUGUUGGUGGUGCUGAUGAUGAUGAUGAGGUGCCUCAGUUAAUCCCCGUCGAGUAUAAUACUGGUAACUGUACUGCAGAAUUGGGGUCACAAGAAGGGGCCAAUGAUGUACAUGAAAAUGAGGAUAGGUCUGAUGAUAGAAGCUUGAAGAAGCAAAAAGAAGUGGAGAAAGGGGUUGAUAGAGAUGAUAAGAAGGCUAAAAAGAAGAAGAAGAAUAAACUGAAGAGAAAGGAUGAGAAAGGGGCUUCAGAUCUCAACACCAAGUCUUUUACUGCUCGUGGUAAUAGUCUGAUUGAUGACCCGGAAAGUGAUGGAAGUGCAGCGGCUUUAAAUGGAUCGGUGAUAUCCAAUCUUCAGAAACAAUUUGUGAAAGUUGCUACUGAAGCUGGUUCAUACAGUGGCGAAGAUCUAGAUUCCUCUGAUACUCCCUUAAUAUCAGUGAAAGCUAAUAGAAUGCUUACUAAUAAGAGGAAGAAAGCGAAAACUGCAGAUAUGGUGGAGUCUGGCAACAUGGACACAGAUGGUGCUGAGAUGUUAAAGUUGCUGCCACUUCAAAGAAUAAGGAGAAGAAAGCCACAGAACCCUUUGCCUCGUGAAAGUUUGAGAUUGCCGCCAUCUCUUACUCCGAGGGGUAGUGCACUGCAAAAGUGGGGGCCUCCAGGUCCUAUUAUAGAAACACAAUCUGUCAAGAAAAAGAUGAAGCCGAAAAAGAAAGCAAAGAAGAGAUUGAGCGGUGCCACAUCUAUGAUGCUAUUGCGGAAAAGAAUACAAACUCAAUCUGUGCUACUUCAGACAAACUGGAAAGAAGCUGUUGUGUUUUGUGGGAUCACCGCUACAAAGGUCUUUGUUGAGCUUGUCUAUAUCUGA